AUGUGGAGUGUUGCAACGUCCGACCUGCAGAGUGUCUACGACAGUGUCUACGACAGGGUCUACGACAGUGUCUACGACAGUGUCUACGACAGGGUCUACGACAGGGUCUACGACAGUGCCUACGACAGUGUCUACGACAGUGCCUACGACAGGGUCUACGACAGUGUCUACGACAGUGUCUACGACAGGGUCUACGACAGGGUCUACGACAGUGUUUACGACAGUGUCUACGACAGGGUCUACGACAGUGUCUACGACAGGGUCUACGACAGUGUCUACGACAGUGCCUACGACAGGGUCUACGACAGUGUCUACGACAGUGUCUACGACAGGGUCUACGACAGGGUCUACGACAGUGUUUACGACAGUGUCUACGACAGGGUCUACGACAGUGUCUACGACAGUGUCUACGACAGGGUCUACGACAGGGUCUACGACAGGGUCCACGACAGUGUCUACGACAGUGUCUACGACAGGGUCUACGACAGUGUCUACGACAGUGUCUACGACAGGGUCUACGACAGUGUUUACGACAGUGUCUACGACAGGGUCUACGACAGUGUCUACGACAGUGUCUACGACAGGGUCUACGACAGUGCCUACGACAGGGUCUACGACAGGGUCUACGACAGUGUCUACGACAGGGUCUACGACAGGGUCUACGACAGUGCCUACGACAGGGUCUACGACAGUGCCUACGACAGGGUCUACGACAGUGUCUACGACAGGGGUCUACGACAGUGUCUACGACAGGGUCUACGACAGUGUCUACGACAGUGUCUACGACAGUGUCUACGACAGGGUCUACGACAGGGUCUACGACAGGGUCUACGACAGUGUCUACGACAGUGUCUACGACAGGGGUCGGCUGGGGUCGUAACGAGCCAACUACCUUCCUCAGGGGGAAAUAUUUAA